GUGUCUGUACCACUGACUUCAAUUCCACUCCUUGAAUUGAACGCUUAAAGUAUAGAUCAGAUCGCCCUGCCAAUAACACCACUUUAGUUGGUAACAGCCCAUUUUCUUUCUGAGAGGCGAUUUUUGGAUCAAAGAAGAAAAAAUGAGGCCUCAGAUCGUUCUAUUUGGAGAUUCUUUGACUGCCCAAUCCUUCGGUUCAGGUGGAUGGGGGGCUGCUCUUGCUGACACUUACUCGCGGAAGGCUGAUGUGGUAGUUCGUGGCUAUGGCGGAUACAAUUCUCGCUGGGCACUGUUUUUGCUUCACCACAUUUUCCCAUUGGUUUGUGCUGACAUCCCAAAACCUCCCAUUGUCGUGACGAUUUUCUUUGGGGCCAAUGAUGCAGCUAUUUUGGGGAGAACAAGUGAGAGACAACAUGUACCUCUUGAAGAGUUUAAGAAUAAUCUUAAAAAAAUGGUAAAUCAUUUGAAGGAGUGCUCCCCAACCACGCUGGUGAUACUUAUUACUCCUCCUCCAGUUGAUGAGGAAGGGCGUAAUGAAUAUGCACGAUCUCUUUAUGGUGAUGAAGCAAGGGAAUUGCCAGAGAGAACAAAUGAAGUAACUGGACUUUAUGCGACACAAUGCCUUGAACUAGCCAAGGAAAUGGGUCUCCUCGCCAUCGAUUUAUGGUCCAAGUUGCAGGAAACUGAGGGUUGGCAGAAAAAAUUUCUCAGGGAUGGAUUGCAUUUGACGCCAGAAGGCAACGCAAUUGUGCACCAAGAACUCGAGAAAGUACUGAACGAAACAUCGGUGUCUGCUGCCAAAUUACCUCUUGAUUUCCCCCAUCACUCAAAGAUUGAUGGAAAGAACCCUGAAAAAGCCUUUGAAUAUCUUUCUUUGUGAUACUUUCAUCUCAUCUCACCUCAUGUUAUAUGAUGAUCAUAAUUUUUUGUAGAAAGUUACUGUUUUUUCAAUUAAGUUGCCUAUUUGCAUUUGAUUGUGGACCUCGGCCAUUUGAAUAUGUUUGAUGGCUAUGAAUAUGAAAUAUCUGAGGUGAGGAGAAUUUAUGUAUUUUAAUAUGCAAUAUACGCGAUGGAUUGUUAAUAAUUAAAAUGAGUAUUUGAAUA